AUGGAGUUACCUAAUACCAAAGAUUUCCAGUGGAAAACCCUCGCCCCGCUCCCGAGCCGCAGGGUCUACUCGACCUUGGUGGAAGCUGGCGGGCAGGUGUUUGCCAUCGGGGGCUGCGAUGACAAUGGGGUCCCCAUGGACUGCUUUGAGGUCUACUCCCCCGAGGCCGACCAGUGGACCUCGCUGCCCCCCAUGCCCACCGCCCGGGCAGGGGUGGCCGUGGCCACCUUGGGCAAGAGGAUCAUGGUGAUAGGAGGGGUCGGAGUGAAUCAGAUGCCGCUGAAGAUAGUGGAGAUGUACAACAUAGAUGAAGGCAAGUGGAAGAAGAGGAACUCGCUGAGAGAGGCAGCCAUGGGCAUCUCGGUGACGGCAAAAGACUACAGAGUCUAUGCAGCUGGUGGGAUGGGAGCUGACCUGCGGCCGCACAACUACCUGCAGCACUACGACAUGCUGAAGGACAUCUGGGUGUCGCUGGCGGCCAUGCCCACACCCAGGUACGCUGCCACGUCCUUCCUGCGAGGCACCAAGAUCUACGUGCUGGGUGGAAGGCAAUCCAAGUACGCUAUCAAUGCCUUCGAGGUCUUUGACACAGAGACGCGGUCGUGGACCAAGUUUCCCAACAUCCCCAACAAAAGAGCCUUCUCCAGCUUCGUGCCCACAGAAGACAAACUCUUCAGUCUCGGGGGCCUGCGGCAGGGGCGGCGCUACCGGCAGCCCAAGUUCAUGAGGACCGUGGACAUGUUUGACAUGGAACAAGGUGGCUGGAUGAAGAUGGAGCGCUCCUUCUACCUGAAGAAAAGGCGAGCAGACUUCGUGGCUGGCUACCUGAAAGGCAGAGUUGUCGUGGCUGGGGGACUAGGAAACCAGCCGACCGUCCUGGAAUCCACAGAGGCCUUCCACCCCGAAAAGAACAAGUGGGAGAGCUUGCCCCCCAUGCCCACCCCACGCUGCGCCUGCUCCAGCAUCGUGGUCCGGAACUGCCUGCUGGCUGUCGGCGGGGUGAGCCAGGGCCUGAGCAGUGCCGUGGAGGCCCUGUGCCUCUCCGAUUCCUAG